AUGAACAUUACUAUAUUCACAGUACUAUUAUUAGUAAUAAAUUGCUCACAAUCUCUAAAUAUACUUGGAAUAUUUCCUUACCACGGAAAGAGCCAUUUUAUAGUUCAAAAAGUUUACUUGCGGGAAUUGGCGAAUAGAGGUCAUAAUGUGACUGUUAUUUCGCAUUUUCCUCAAACAGAUGCACCCAGUAAUUAUCAUGAUAUUAGUUUAGCAGGAACAAUACCUCCUUUUGAAGACAGCGUUGCGCCGACGGACAAAUCAUAUUUAUUCAUAAUAAUAAUGGGACUGUAUUUAUCGUCUUCUGGGACGCAAAAUUGUGAAGUGAUGUUAGCGAACCAUGAAGUGCAAGACUUAGUCAAGCGAAAAACCAAGUUUGAUGUGAUAAUAGCCGAACAAUUUAACAGUGACUGUGCUCUUGGAAUUGCAUUUAAACUAGGUGCUCCUGUGGUAGGCGUCACAUCUCACAUUCUGAUGCCGUACCACUACAAAAGACUUGGUGUGCCUUACAACCCAGCGUACGUAUCAUUCCAUUUCCUUAAUGGGGGAACAAGGCCAACUUUAUGGCAAAGGCUUGAAAGAGUCGUGUUUGAUUUUUAUUUCAAUACACUUUACCAUUGGGUGACGCAAAGAAGUGACCAAAAGACUCUUGCGAAUUACUUUGACGAUAUUCCCCCAUUGGAAGACUUAGCUCGAGAAAUAAAGUUUUUACUUGUUUAUCACUACUUCAUGUUGACAGGCUCUAAGCUAUUUCCUGCAAAUGUGAUAGAAGUCGGUGGAUAUCAUGUUUCCAAAGCAAGUCCAUUAAAAGGUGAUCUUAAAACGUUCAUGGAUGAAGCAGAACAUGGUGUAAUUUACGUUAAUUUUGGCACAAUUUUGAAAAGUUCGGCCUUUGGAGCUGAAAAAAUUGAAGCCGUACUUGAAGUCAUGAAAGAGUUACCACAGAGAUUUAUUUGGAAAUGGGAAAAUGAAAACCAAUUGCUGGAUAAAAAUAAGCUCUACGUUGCGAACUGGCUACCUCAAGUUGAUAUCUUAGGACAUCCAAAAACCAUAAUGUUUUUCUCUCAUGCCGGAAUGGGUGGAACCACAGAAGCCAUACACUUUGGAGUGCCUAUAGUGGCCAUGCCCAUUUUCGGUGAUCAGCCAUCAAACGCCGCAUCCAUCGAGGAAAGUGGACUUGGAGUUCAAAUUCAGUACAAAGAUCUGAAUAAGGACAAUUUACUUACUGUAUUUAAAAAAGUAUUGGAUCCAGAGUUUUUCAAAAACGUAAAGAGGAUAUCGGCAGCUUGGCAUGACAGACCAAUGCCUCCUUUAGAAACAGCAAUCUUCUGGACAGAAUUUGCAGCACGACAUUCCAACUUUACAUUCCGGACUGCAGCUGCAGACGUCCCCGCUUAUCAAUAUGCAAACCUCGAUAUCAUUGCUGUGUUUCUAUUCUUAGCAGUUUUAAUAAUCAUGUUUUUCAUAACUGUUUGCUCUAGAAAAAGAACUGUGUCCAAAAAAGUUUUGAAAAGUAAAGGAAAGAAACCUAAACGUGAAUAAGUACACAUUUUUAAGUACGAUAGCACAACUCAGUUAAUUCACCCAAUGAUAAUCAAAAUUUCACAACUAAGGCAUUUUAAAAUCUACUACUUCUCAGUGCCAGUACCCUGCGCUCUCUCUCAAUGUCUUUUAAUUGAUCUCCAAGUCCGUCACUCAGGCAAUGGUCUAGAUAUUUAAAGUUGAACACUCUUUAUAAUACAGUACUAUUAAAUUAUAAAUGAAAAUUUUAAAUAGAAUAUAUUUAGUGCUGACUCAGUUGUCAUGUUUUUAUCCUAACUUUAAAAUCUUUUGAGCCUAACUGUGUACGUAAUGAAUGCUUAUUUACUAAUUGAAUAUUUGUCUACAGUAAACUGUUUGUUUAUUAAUUUAAUUUAUCAAGGCGAUAGUCUUCAGUGCAACAAGAUCCGUCAAUGUGUAACUUGAUAUGCUGCCGUAUGUACACAACAUCUUUAGGGUUCUGUUGAGGCUUCCUCGCUUUUACAGCGCGUCUGGCAUGUCUGCGGAUGCUUGUGGUUUUGUGUGCGUAGGAGCACCAAUGGUAAUCCUGACGAUGGUACCAGGAACAUUGGACUCCGGCUGUCUUGUGUAGGUUCACCGUGUUACACGUGGACAUAUAAUAAUGUAAUUCUUUAUAAUUAAUUUUUCUCCUUUUUUCUACUAAAUUAACUCAUAAGAUUGUUACUAAUAAAUUUGAUUGAUGAAUUUUAACUAAGUAAGACCUAGUGGUAAGCGACACGCCUGUCCAUAACAAUUGCAGUACCAAUCAAAGCUUAAAAAUCGCAAAGAUUAGGAGCACUGCCACUGCGCCCGUCACCUAAGACAUAAGUCGAUAAGC